AUGGAAUCCUGCUCUGAUGAUGCCUAUCACGGUGGUACAGGCGAAAGCUUAGCACACUUUCAACGGGGUCGCAGGACGCUGAGCCGAGGACUUAUUCGCACAAUUCAACAGUCUUCUUUACGCGACAAUCAUCCUUCGGUUUCCAGUGAGACCACAUCACGAAUUCCUUCCAACCAAAUUUCCCUUCGAAAUGGAAAUUCUCCCCCAUCUCGCUAUGAUCAUGAGGCUGUGGGGCCUGAAUUUUGUAGUACCCUCAAUCGGAGCUCAGACUAUCGUGAAGGCUGUAGGCUCGAAGAAAAUUACGAUGGCCAGAGUAAGCUACUUGUGGUGGAAAAGAAUUGUUCUCCUAUUUUGAAACGGUUUGAGGGUCCGUUAACGCACAAGACAUGA